AUGACGAAGAAAGAGUGCAGUGAUAAUGAGGAAGAAGAAGAAGACAUUGAUAUUGUAAAUCACCAAGACAUUUUCAUAUCACCUUCCAAAGUAAGAUAUCAGUCACCGAAGAAACUUAAAAGUUUUGAUUUUCUUUCGCCUUCCAAAACGGUACGACCUAAGUCACCCAAACGAUCGCUCACAUUAGAGUCUGUUAGCAUUGAGACUGAAUAUAAAGAUGAAGAGAGUAGGAAGCACUCAUCGACAGAUACUGCAACUCCCAGGCGAAGGCAAAGGAAAACAACCAAGAGGGUGAAGUUGGAGGAAGAUGAUGCCAUUGACUAUGUGUCAGAUACUAAUGAAUUGAUACACAAUGACGACGAAUACGAGGAUCUAAAAAUUAAAAUAGAUUCUAAUGAAAGCUCACCUAAUAAGUCGCCUAGGAGAAAACUUACAUUUAAUGCAGAACCAUCACCCCAAAGAAAGACUACCAGAAAUACAGUUCAAAGGAAUAAAAUUAUAGACGAUGAUCUUGCAUACGACGAUAUCCAGCAGUAUAAGCAUCUGAAAUUGAACUUGAACCCUAAUUUCAAACCGACUAAGUUGCCAAAGAGCGAUAAUAAUGACCAAACAUCUGAUGAACAAUCUCAAAUAUAUUUUUUCGAUGGUUUCGAAGGUUUCAUAGAUCAGACCAAGAUCCUAAAAACUGAUAAAAGAUCCAAGAACUCGAUGUCCUCGGCACCAAGUAUUUCCAGAGAUGAAUAUAACAUUCUUUCUCAACUUUCCAAUGAUAUAUUCCAUCGUUCAUCGACAAAGGCAGUACAAAAAAUACAUGAAACACUCUUUCAGCAGUUUACUUUCGAGUUACUGCAGGGAUUUACGUUAUUAUUCUAUGGUAUCGGAUCGAAGAAGAAAUUCCUCGAAUCAUUUGCAUUCAACUUUCUUUCUAUGAAGAUCGCCUUGUUGCAAAACCCGGAUAUUCAAAAAGAUGAUCCAUGUAUACCGGUUUUUGUAAUGAACGGGUACACCACUCUCUCUAAGAACAUCUUUUUGGAUAUAUUCAAAAUCUUAGUAGAGGGCGAGACUAUUGAUGAUCAAGGUCAAUCAAAUUAUUGGGAUAAUCGAAUUGACUUGCAAAUGGACAGGCUUUCAAAAUAUUUCAAGAAAAGACCUCCUACGGUGAAGAUGAUUCUUUUGAUACAUAACUUGGACGGUCCGUCAUUCCGGAGAGAACAUUUUCAAACCAGAAUGAGUAUUCUUGCACAAAUCAAACAAAUCUGUGUCGUAGCAAGUGUCGACCAUAUACAAGCUCCUUUCCUUUGGGAUCAUUUCAGAGCUCAAUCAUUCAACUUUGUUUACCACGAUAUCACAAAUUUUGAGCCGUACAUCGUAGAAACAGUACAAACCGAUAAUGCUAUCGACUUUUCCAAAGAUUCAGGUACCUUGUUUAAUGCGAACGGUGCUAAAUACGUACUAGAAUCCCUGACGGACAAUUCUAAAAGAAUGUACAAAAUUCUUCUUCAACUUCUAAUGGGACAGAUUAAUGCCAAGAACGAGUCAAAGCCUCGUGCAAAAUCUAGUUCCUUAAACAAAAUCACACCUGGGAUUGAGUUCUCUGAACUUUUUAAAACAUGCACCGAACAGUUCGUAGUCUCGAGCGAAAUGGGUCUUCGAACCAUCCUAUCAGAGUUCAUUGAUCAUAAGAUGGCUGUCAAUACGAAAAAUAAAAUGGGUAAAGAGAUCAUAAAUGUUAAAUAUAGCUAUGGAGACAUGGAAAAAAUGAUAACUGAGAUAGAUUCCAUGCUGCAAUAA